UAAAGUCUAAACCAAUUUACAUUGUGUGUGUGACAUUUACUCGUGCUCCGGCGGAAGAGAAGGAAGUUAAAGAGUAGACGAAAUCAAUUCCUCUGCUUCUACGGAACCUUUUCUCCAUAUCUUUCUCCAUUAACCCCAACCAUUUUUUUCUGAAUCUCUCUCCCUCUCUCUCUCACGUCUUCUUUUUUGGCAGUUAUCAGUCUUCUUCAUCUCGCACAUGAGUUAUGAGGUCGAUAGGCAAAGAAACACCCGAAUGGAAACUCCCUAGCGGAAUCGAUGCGUAUGGUGAUACUAGUUCGUUUUCUACUUCAUUGCCCGUCCUUUCACACCAGAAAUUUACUUUUAACGACUCGGAAAAAAGUGGUCAGUCACUUGACGAUGGCUUUCCUAGCCUUAGUAAAGUAAAGGAUCCAUUUAUAGAUACUGAAUCGUCAAGUAUGAAUGGAAGCUUUCUUCUUCUUCCUGGUGAUGAAGAUGAACUAUUAGCUGGUCUUAUUGAUGAUUUCGAUCUUAGUGGAUUGCCAACUCAGAUUGAUGACUUGGAUGAUGAUAUUUUUGGAUUCGAAAUCGAACCCGAAAAUCAAGACAAUAUACUCAACACUAGUAUAAUAUCAAGGCUAAGCUUGUCCGAGAGUAUUAAUGGCAGCAUUUCUCAUUACGCUUUUGGAAAUGGUGCUGCAACUGUUGUCGGUGAACACCCGUAUGGAGAGCACCCUUCGAGGACUUUAUUUGUGAGGAAUAUUAAUAGUAAUGUGGAGGACUCUGAAUUGAAGUCUCUCUUUGAGGAAUAUGGAGAUAUCAGAACACUUUAUACUGCAUGUAAGCAUAGGGGAUUUGUGAUGAUAUCUUACUAUGACAUUAGAGCAGCUCGAACAGCAAUGCGGGGAUUGCAAAAUAAGCCUUUGAGACGAAGAAAACUCGAUAUUCAUUUUUCGAUUCCAAAGGAUAAUCCAUCGGAAAAGGAUGUUAACCAAGGAACUUUAGUUGUUUUCAAUUUGGAUGCUUCUGUAUCUAAUGAUGACCUUCGCCAAAUAUUUGGAGCCUAUGGGGAAAUUAAGGAGAUAAGGGAAACUCCGCACAAGCGACACCAUAAGUUCAUUGAAUUUUAUGAUGUGAGAGCGGCAGAGGCAGCUCUCAAGGCAUUAAAUAGAAGUGACAUAGCUGGGAAGCGCAUAAAGCUUGAACCUAGCCGACCUGGUGGGACCCGUCGGAGCAUAAUGCAGCAACUGAAUCAAGAGCAGGAGCUAGACGAAGCUCGAUCUCUCCUUCACCAAGUUGGUUCCCCGAUGGUCAACUCUCCUCCUGGAAUUUUAAUCAAUGGUAGCUGGCAAAAUAUCGGCAGUCCAGUGGAGCCGAAUCCUUUGCAUAAUAGUUAUAGCCCCGUUGGAAGCAAUCAGUCGCCUGGUUUGGCUUCUAUUCUUCUUCCUCGUCAAAUAUCAAGUCCUGUCAAGAUUUCACCCAUUGGUAAAGAUCCCUCGAGAUUGGCCUAUCAGCAACAUUUCUCUGUACCCGUUGCUAAUUUAAGUCCAAGUCCUAUUUCGUCUUUUAGUGAUUCAAAGGGAUCGAGCGUUGGAACUCUUUCCGGUCCUCAGUUUCUUUGGGGAAGUCCCACUAUUCAAUCGGACCACAUCAAUUCUCCCGCCACGUCAUCAUUUUCACGCCCGUUAAUAUCCAAUGUGCAUGGAAUUGGUCUUCCUCAUCUUCAUGGCCCGUUUCUUCGCUCACAUCAUCAUCAUCAUGUGGGGUCCGCUCCAUCUGGUGUUCAAUUGGAUAGACAUUUUGGUUUUUUCCCCAAUUCACCUGAAUCUUUGUCCUAUAUGAAUAAGGCAGCGUUUGGACUCGCGCCAAAUUUUGGUCAGAAUAAUGGGAAUCGAGCUUUUAAUGGAAACUUUGUUGGGAGCGGUUCUCCUAGUUCAAGAAUGAUGUCGAUGCCGAGCAAUGGUGCUUUGUAUUUUGGGAUUAAUAGUUCUUUUGGAGAUGGAAUUAUUGACCGUGGUCGAAUUAGAAGGGGCGAUAGUGGAGUAAUGAUGGAUAACAAAAGGCAGUAUCAACUUGAUUUGGAGAAGAUUCUAAAUGGUGAAGAUAUUAGGACUACUUUGAUGAUUAAGAACAUUCCCAACAAGUACACUUCGAAAAUGCUGCUUGCAGCUAUUGACGAAACACACAAGGGUGCAUUUGAUUUUCUCUACUUGCCCAUCGAUUUUAAGAAUAAGUGCAAUGUUGGUUAUGCUUUCAUCAAUAUGGUAUCUCCUUCUCACAUCAUCUCCUUCUUUGAGGCAUUUAAUGGGAAGAAAUGGGAGAAGUUCAACAGUGAAAAAGUAGCCUUUUUGGCAUAUGCAAGAAUCCAGGGAAAAAUAGCUCUCAUCUCACAUUUUCAGAAUUCAAGUCUAAUGAAUGAAGAUAAGCGAUGCCGACCCAUUGUGAUCCAAUCGGAGGGCCAAGACAUUUCUGAUCUGGAAAAAUUCCCGUCAGCCAAUCUGAAUAUAUAUAUCCGCCAGAAAGAUGGAAGUUAUGCAGGAGACGUUCUUGACGACAGCCCAAAUGGUGAUCCAUACGAGACAUUCUUCUAACAAAUGAAAGAUGCUUGUAAAAUACGUGCUAAUUUGUACAUGUACAUUAAGGAGGACUUUUAGUACUUGUUGUCGAUAUGUUUCUCUUUUUUUUUUUUUUUUUUUUUUUUUGUCAAUUCCUUUUUUGGUGUAUAGAGGGCUAUAUUAUGUCUUGCAAGUGUAUAUACAAUAGUACUAGGUUGUUGUACGAGGAGCAUAUCUUAAUGGAUCUUUUGUAAGAAUACUUUGUUGUGUAUAUACCUUUCUUUCUUUGUUU